AUGCGGCAGCCCAUCGUCACGCUGCUCGCAGCAAUCGUCGUCAGCGCGCAGCAAUCACCGCAAGAGGCGAGCCGCGCGCGGUUCCAGAAAAACACUCUCGCAGCCAUCGACGCCUGGCUCGGCGGCGGACCGCCGCCGGGUCCCUGGCGCGUGACGAGCCCGAGUAACGUCACGGACGUGAAGCAUCCGUUACAAAGGCACGGCAUCGUGAAGGCCAUCUCGAGCGGCCGGGUCGGCGACCUGAGAGUCGUCGUCAAGCGCGCGCGCCGCGACGCGAAGCCGAAGCGCCGCGACGCGAAAAAACGGGCGCACGCGCUCGCGCUCGCGCACGCGAAAGACGAGCUCGCGUUCCUCGUGGGCCUCCGGGGUCGCCGCGGCGUGCCGCUGCUCCUCGGCGGCUGGCUCGAGCGCGGCCUGCCGACGCUCGUCGUCGCCGACGCGGGACGGAGCCUCGCGGCGGGGCGGACCGUGACGGCGAACGGCGCGUCCGCCGGCGACUCGAGAAAGCUCAACAUCGACGGCGGCUACGCGGCGCUCGCGCGGGCCGAGCCGCUGGCGCUCGCCGUCGCCAUCCUGGAGUGCUUCGAGUCGUUCGCCGGCGUCGGCGGCCUCUUCCUCGAGGACUUUCGCUCGGACCAGUUCGCGUACGCGGCGGACCCCGUCUCCUUCGCCCUCGUCGACGGGCCGCGGCCCCUCGACGACGACCGGCCGCGCCGCUGGAGCUCGCGGAGCGACGCGCCGAGGCCCUGCGCGGCCGACGCCGACUGCCCGCCGACGCACGCGUACCACUGCUGCUGCCGCGGCGUCUCGCGCGACGACCGCGGCUGCGCCGCCGGCGCGGGCCCGUGCCACUGCGACGCGAACACGACGGCGGCGCCCGAGGCCGCGGGGCUCUGCCGGCGCGGGACCUGCGCGCCCAUCACAGCCCAGACCCACGCCUUCGACGUCGCCGCGCGGAGCUACCUCCUGCCGCUGGCCCUCGACCACCUGAGCGGCGCCGCGGCCGCGGCCGCGGCGCGCCUCCUCGCGGACAUGCGCGCCGCGGACCCGGACGACCGGCCGUCGUUCGCCGACGCGCUCGCGCGGCUUCGGCCGCUGCGAACGGCGCCGCGGCCGAUGGCCUCCUCUUUGAAGAAGAUGCUCCUGCUCGCGCUGGCCACGAGCCAGGCCCUGCGCCUGCCGCGUCUGCCCGUCGCCAAGGCGCCCAAGGCGAAGCGCCGCGCCCUGCGCGCCGCCGCCGUCGCGAGCGCGUCGCUCGCGCAGCGCGCCGUCGCGUCGACCGUGGAGGCCGCCCUGCCGGCGGCGGAGGUGGCGGCGGAGGCGACGCUCGUCGUCGCGCGGGGCCCGUCGCCGCUGCUCAACGCCGUGCGCGGCCUCGCGACGGCCGUCUUCGCGUUCUCCAUCGUCAACGCGGUCCGUCGAAAGCUCAAGAAGCGCGCGGCCGCGCGGCGGGCGCGCUGGUCGAGCUUCGCGACGGCGCCGCCGUCGACGGUGACGCUCGAGCCGCCGAAGCCCGUCGCCGUGGCGCCCGCGGCCGUCGAGGCCGCGAAGGCCGUCGAGCGCGCCGCGCCCGCGGCCGCCGUCGAGGCCGCGGCCGCGCCGCCGAAGAAGAAGCCGCGCAAGGUGCUCGACGUCUUCCGGAAGAAGCCCGCGCGGCCCGUGGAGCUCGAGGAGCUGCUGACGGUGCCCGCGGAGGCCGCCCUCGAGGGCCCCGCCGUCGCCGCGCGCCGCUUCUCCGUGGCCGUCGCGGGCCUCUUGAUCUCGGCGAUCCCGGACGCGCUGGUCGUGAGCCCCGGGCUCCAGUCCCAGCUCGUCGCGCCCUGGGUCGCGGCGCGCGACGCCCGCGCCGUGGCGGCGCCGGCCGUCGACGCGGGCCUCGAGCGGUGGAAGGCCUACUCGGCGUCCGUGGGGCCCGCGAGCCACUACGACUUCGGCGCCCGGGCGACGGACGCGGCGCGGGACCACGAGGCGACGGCGAUCCCGGGCGCGGGCCUCGCCGGCGCCUGGGCCGCCCAGUGCGCCGCGACGGGCUGCGUGAGCCACUACGACUUUGGCGUCCGCGCGACGGCCGCGGCGCGCGCCGCGGCGCCGGACGGCGCCGAGGCGCGCGCCGUGGCCGUCGAGGACGUCGCGACGCUCGCGGCCAUGGUCGCCGGCCUGGACAAGGCCGAGGCCGCCGCGACCUUCGCGAACGUCGUCAACGCCGUGCUCGUGGCGCUCGUCGACGCCGCGGUGCCGUCCCUCAAGCGGUCCGACGCCGAGAGCCUCCCGCCGCUGCAGAAGGUCGUCGCGUUGACGGCGGCCGCGGGCGGCGUCUUCGAGGAGCUCGGCCUCGUGGAGUACGCGGGCACGCCCGUCGUCUACGAGGGCCGCGCGUCCAAGUCGCAGCUCCAGUCGCUCUUCUCGCGCUACGCGGCCGCGGGCGUCGCCGCGGGCCUGAGCGAGGACGGCGACGCGACGGCCGCGGCCGCGGACGUGGCCAUGGUGGACACGCUCCAGGCCAUCUUCGCCAUCAGCGACAAGCAGGCGGACCGCCUCGCGCAGCAGGUCGUCACGAAGCUCGUGCAGCAGAUGAUGGAGCAGGCGCAGGCCGAGGACCCGGAGGGCCUCCUCGAGGCGCUCGCGGGCGCGUCGGGGCCCGGGGGCAUGCCGGGCAUGCCGGGCAUGCCCGACCCGGCCGACGUCGAGGGCCAGAUGGCGGCGCUCCAGCAGCUCGUCGACAGCGGCCAGCUCGGCGACGACGACAAGCGCGAGAUCAAGAAGAUGUUCGCGGAGCAGCUCGGCGGCGGCGACGUCGACGAGGCCAUCCGCCAGGCCAACGCGAACAAGGACCAGCUCGACCCCCAGGCGCGCCAGGCGCUCGACCUCCUCAACAAGCUGUGUCUCUAGGGCGCUAAGGGUAAGCGAAUCUCUUCC